AUGGAGAGAAAAGAAAGGGCAUUGGAGGAAAUUAACCGAUCUUUAGAACCGGGAUGGCAAGCCAAGCUGAACGCAGACGGCCGUCUUUACUAUAUCAACCACAAUGAUAAGAUAACUCGUUGGCUACCUCCAUCAGUGAACUGGACAUGUAAAGAAGCCCUGCCUUUCGGAUGGGAGUGUGCACUGGAUAAAACUGGAAAACCCUAUUUUCUUAACCAUGUAGACUGCACAUCAACUCUUGACGAUCCCAGGGAAGACGAAGAGCUGUUUUUAGUGGAAAGACAAGUAAAAUUGAUGAGGGAUUCUGUCUUGGGAUUUGGUUUUGUUGCCGGCAGUGAGAAGCCUGUUAUCGUUAGAUCAGUUACAGAAGGAGGUCCAUGUGAUGGUAAAUUAUUUUCUGGUGAUGAAAUCCUUCGAAUAAAUAAUGAAGAUGUGAAAAAACUCAACCGGGAAUAUGUCAUAAACAAAGUCAGGUCGUGUCCUGAUGUCAUCUUCCUAACGGUGGCUCAGCCUUCAAUGGAUAGAAACAGUGGAAGGAAAUCAUCACUUCUCAGCAUUUCUAAAAAACUGAAAUUAAAGAAUAAUCCAUCUCGUGUACGCUUCUCAGAAGAAGUAGAAGAAGACGCUAAGAUUGGUAAAGAUAGCAGUCUAUUCAACCUACCAGGAGUGUUGAAAGUCUAUCUUGAAAAUCAGCAAACCAAGUCUUUCAAGUAUGACAGCAAAACACUAGUGAGAGAUGUUUUGAAUAUUCUACAGGAGAAACUUGACAUCAAAUGUAUGGAAUAUUUCUCACUACUUGUAAAGGAUUAUAGCUCCCCUGCCAAACCUAAAUUAUCAUUUCUGCAAGAUCAUGAAUUAAUACAGCGGUGUUGUAAUGACGUGGUAGAAGGUCGCUACGGAUCAGAAUUGAAAUACGAUUCCGCAAUACGACUGGCAGCGCUUCAAAUGCAAGAACACGUACUGACCAGCAAGCUAUCAGCAAAAGUUUCUGUUAAGGCUGUGGAGAAAGAGUGUGGUCUUAGUAAAUUUCUACCACAAUCAUUAUUACAAGGUGUCAAGGUUAAAGACAUUAGAAGGGCAAUGAACCACUUUAUUAAAAUGAAUCAAAAUCUUGCUGCCCCCGGACAAAAGCAUCUGACAGCGCUGCAAGUAAAACUUCAUUAUCUGAAGAUAGUGAGUGAAUUGAAAACUUUUGGUGGAAGAUACUUUACUGCAGUUCUCAUGGUAAGUGAGGUUUUCAUUAACAAGAUUAACCAUGUUAAUCAGGAUAACAUAACAACUGAUGUUACCCAGGGUAAACAACCACCUAUGUUACCCAAGGCAACCAGACCACUGAUGUUAUUGAGGGUAACCAGACCACUGAUGUUAUUGAGGGUAACCAGACCAUUGAUGUUACCCUGGGGUAACCAACCACAGAUGUUACCCAGGAAUGAAGGUGAAAAAAGAUCCGAAGUCAAUAUUUUAGUUGGACCGAAAUGUGGUAUCAGUCAUGUGAUUAAUACAAAGAAUAAUGUGAUGUCUCUAUUGGCUGAUUUCAGUCAUGUGACUUUCAUUAAUGUCUAUAACCACAGUGAUGAUGGAAUGCAAAAUGUGGAGUUGAAAUUGGAUGAUAUGAAGCCUGUACAUCUUAUCAUGCAAAGUGCAGAAGCCAGGGACUUUGCGUGUCUAAUUAGCGGUUAUUACAAAAUAUUAGUCAAUAGAGAUAAAUGUAUCCUGCCUCCAAUUGAUUCACAUUUAUCAAAAAAAGAACAAGAAGCUCCUCAAUAUCACGGCAAACACAGGGUACAAGCCGCCGAGUGGAGUUAUCCGACUGACUUGAUAUCGCAGUUGAUAUCCGAAGAGGAAGAAGAGGACAGUGAUGACAAUGAUGUCAUCAUCCCUGGUUACCAUGAUCCAAAAAAUUCUCAAGAUGGAGAAUAUAUUGUUGACUUAGUGCGAGGACCACCACACUAUGAAGAGGACAUCCCUUUUAUAAAUAGUGGCAUAUCAAUGUGUAUGGCAGAGAAGGAAGCAGGUGAUGGUGCCUCCACGGAAGACAAUGUUAUUGAAGAAAUAUCUGCAAUGGAGAGUAUCAACAGAGAUAGUGUAUCAGAAACCUCCUCCAAAGGGAGUCUGACAAACUCAUUGCCCGAAGUGGACUAUCCCACGGAUGAACUCUCAACCUUUGAACUCAGCAAAGAUUAUGACAUCAGUGACGCAGUUGCUACAGAGUCAAUUAAAAGUAUUCCUAGCAAGGGGGGAAUUGAACUGCUGAGUUUUAAAUUGAUGAAGUUGGAUCGAAUUGAGCAUGACAUACUUGGGGAUGGAGGUUGGGAUGAUGUUCCAAAAGAGGAGGAGGAGGAGGGUGAAGAAGAGGAGGAAUCAGACAGUGAUGAUAGUGACUGUUCUUCAAGUGACUCAAAUGUUAUCGAUAUGAUGGAUAACUCAAGGACCUCUCUUUUGAAUAGAGAUUCUAUCAUAUUUCCACGGCCGAAAUUAAACAUUAAUGUAAGUGCCUUGAAACAUGAUGACAGUGAAAUGAAUGUCACACCUCCAGAAAUCAAUAGUGAUGUAAUAGAUUUGACUAGAAUUCCACCCCCUCUUAUAGAAACUGCGGAAGAGCACCUGGAAAAUUUAGAAGUCACAGCUCCACCUCUGGAAUUCACUGACACUGUUGAUGAAAUUCCGGUCUCUGUUAUUGAUUUACCAUCUCCAGUUUUGGAAGAUGCACCGCAACUGAAAUCAAGCAAUCUGGAUACCCUGGAGGUUGUGUUGGCACCUCCAGAUAUUCCUGUAACUGUACCUGAUGAAACGCAUAGAGUACAACAUGUGGCAAUCGAUGCACUAGUCGAGGUUGACGUCAAGGAACAAAAUGAUGUUGAAUCUGAUUCUGGAAAUGAAACUGUAUCGUCUGAGACGAUUGAGAUUACAGGUUGUGGGGAACAUGUAGAAUGUAGCCACUCCCCGUCUGAUUACAUGAAUUUAAUUUCCAGGCAGAAAACCCCAGUGCUGGCUACUGGGGAAAUGCAAAACAUCCCAGAACACUCAUUAGAAAUCAAAAACGUGAUGGAGGAUAUUGUCCUACCUCCUCCACCAGAUUCUGAAUUUGCAGAUGAUUCAUUUUUGGAUGUUGUGCUACCUCCCCCUCUCUUGUCGGAGGAUGAUAUUGACUUUGAUUUCAAGGAUUUACCUCCACCUUUAAUCUUUGAAGAUGAUGUGCUCGAUACAGAGGAAGUCAUAGCACCUCCUGAAGGAUUUGGUUUCCCUGACAACAAAGAGGAGAUGGAAUUCAUUCCUCCGCCUCCGCUGUUUGACACAUCUGAAGUUAAAGAAACGGAAUAUGUUUUUGAUACUGAGCGUGAUAAGCCUGACAAUUCUCAUGUCACAGAUUUGGAUUUAAUAGUUUGUAGUGCAAACAAAGUAAAUGAGAAUGAUGAGUCCAGUACUGAUUUACCCGGACUAAUUGUUGAAUCUAAUCACAGCAUCAAACCAGGAGAAAAAUCUCAUUCACACACUCCAGAUUUUGUUGAUAAAUCUAAUCACAUUUCAGGAAAUAGCGAACCUAACAAAAUUGAAAUAUCUGUUAAAUCCAGGGUGUCUCGGAAAAAGGGCUAUGUUUCACCGUCUCUUGCUAGGAAAAGUUACUCAUUUGAUUUUAGUUAUCAACCGAAAGAUUCCAAGAUGGAUGACAACGUCAGAUCCUCGUCACCCCUUGCAAAGUCUAUAAGAACAUUUAGUAGCGAUGAAACACUUACAACAUCUGCAAAGUCGGAUAAUGAGAGUGAAGAUGAUGCAUCACUUGUAUCACGAACUUCGUCACUUCGAUGGAGUUUUGAUUCCUCUAGGUCAGAGAGGAGAAGUAACAGCUUCAGCAGCCGUGGAAGUAGGGGUUUGCAGAGCAAUGCCUUGUUUUACAAUCCAUCUGAUUUACUGAACGUAAAUGCAAAUGAUACCACAAAAGAUAGGUACAGCAAACCAUUAUUAAAAGGCAAUACAUUUGGUAAUAUGUUCUCAGGAAUUGCAGGGACAUCGAAAGUCGCCCCUAGCGGAGAUUCAGCUAGUGCACCAUCAAGCCCGUCAUCAACUGGCGUUAGAACGUCUUCAUCAAUGAAAACUGUCAAAGCAGUACCUCCGGCUAAGGGAUCACCUACAUUGCGUACAUCACUACCAUUGAAAAGAGUUUCUCUCCGGCCAGUGGCUGGACAAACCAGUGGUGUGCCUGCUGGGAGUGGUAGCAGCGAGAAGAAGCAUGGUCCGUUGAAGGCAUUUAAACUUUUAUCGCUAUCGAGUGAGAGAAGAAAUUCAAGUGGAAGUGAGCACAGCGAUGGAGAAGCACCAACAAAUGUGUGCAAGGUGCAGGACAAAGAUAUGUCACAUGGCUUUGAGUCACAAGAACAGCUAAAACUAUCCCGAGCUCCAUUACAGAGGUCAAUCAGUAAUCCUGUCUCACCAGAAAAGCCUCCUACUGCCCCUAAGCCAGAGAAAAUAUCUUCAUCAUCUGUAAAACCUCCAGUCCCUCCCAGAAGACACUCCAUACCAAUGAAACCCAUACCUCCUCCUAAACCUAAAAAUCUGUCAUCACCGAUCAAACCAAAUUCCCCCCCACCACCUCCUCCUCCUCUUACUUCACCUCCUUUAAAUUCACCCUCUCUUGUGCCAAAGCAAUCCCCCCCAGAUUCACCACCACCACCCUUACCCGUCAGCUCACCCCCGAUUUCUCCUCCGUUAUCGCCGGUUGACAAACUAAUGAAGCGCGAUGAAGCGGAGUUGUUCGCCACAGAUAUAAACGUCGUGAAUAUCUUAACACAGGAGUCUGAGAUCAUUGGGAAAUCGCCUAUGGGCACUGCGACUCUUAUCGAAAAUCGAGAAUACAGUAUUGAAGAUGGAGUUGAAACUGCACAUCAGGACAUUGCUGUGUUAAUUUCCGACUUGGACAUGAUGCUUGAUGCGGUUGUCACAACUGAUAUGGAUCUUGGCAAUCAGAAACAAGAGUCAGAACAGUUCAACGAUUGCAAGCAGAUUUUAAUGAAUGAGGCAAAAGAGUUUGCAACGUGCACCAAAGUAUUGGUCAGCAGCGCUGCUCAUUCUAAAGAGAAACUGAUCGAAGCAGUGAAUAGGAGUCUCCACUCCUUAGCAAGACUGUUUGUGGGCUGUCACAAUACAAUGGAAUUAAUGAGUUCACAUGGGCAGGCCACUCACUUGGCAACUAAGGUCAAAAACAUUGCUAAUUAUUUUGGGGAUACUUUGAAAGCUGCUGAGAUUGCCUGCGGGAAAAGUUUGAAUGACCCGACCAUGAAGCUGUUGCUAAAGGAAGUUCAGAAUAUGGCGGCCAUUUUGUCUGCUAUGAUGAGAACACUGAGAAUCCUGCAGAAUAGGUAG